CGUCCCGCCCCGCCCCAGUCAUCUUUUAUGGAAGGCUGAUUUGUAAGCGCGCCUCCGUACGGUCGCCUCAGCCAAUGCCUCGCUCUACGAGCGGAUCCUGGCGACCUGCAUCCUGCAGGUGAAGCUCUCCGGGAGCCUGGAGGGAGAAAGAGAGAGAGGGAGUCGGCGUGAGCAGGCGAGCUGGCUCUCUGGGGGAAGCGGCAGCCAGUCUCCCCGUCCUUCCGGGCGGGCCCAUCGUCUCCGCCUUCGCCCCUAAGCCUCCCUGGACACCAAGAUGGCUAAGCGCCGGAGCGGGAGACGGGCCUCCUUGGUAUCUGCUAGGGAUGCUGCAGAGCGGGAGGGCGUCCUCCGCCGCCUCGGCCGCCCUCCCUACCCUGCAAAGACGGUGUCGCUGCUUCGCUGGGAGAAGAGAGCUGAUAGAAGUUUGAGGUUUAGCUUCUCGGGAGUCCUGACAAUGCUGGCGACUCAGGUCUCCAGGUGUCUGGCUCGUCUGGCCAGGAACCCCGUCGGUUUCCGAAAUGUUGAGAACAUCAAAAGGCCCAGCCCAGAGCUCUCCAGUCCAUUUUUCACCACAGCUGGCCAAAAGGCCCAAGGGACCCAAGGAGAGAAGCCUCCCUCACAGCAGAGCAGUAAGGCUGUGCUCGUCACCGGCUGUGACUCGGGCUUCGGCCUCUCCAUUGCCAAACAUCUGCACUCCCGGGGCUUCAUGGUGUUUGCCGGCUGCCUUCUCAAGGACAAGGGAGAAGCAGGCUCCAAAGAGCUGGACGCUAUGAAUUGUGAGCGGAUGAAAACUGUGCAGCUGGACGUGUGCGAUAGUGCCGAAGUAGAGAAAGCCAUACAGUUUAUCCAGGAGAACCUCAAGGACCCCAAGGAAGGGAUGUGGGGGCUGGUGAACAAUGCGGGCAUCUCUACCUUUGGCGAAGUGGAGUUCACCAGCCUGGAGACUUACAAGGAGGUGGCUGAGGUGAACUUGUGGGGAACAAUCCGGACCACCAAGGCUUCCCUCCCACUCCUGCGAAGGGCCAAAGGUCGCGUUGUCAACAUCAGCAGCAUGCUGGGCAGAAUGGCCAGCGCCGCCCGAUCCACCUACUGCAUCACCAAGUUUGGGGUGGAGGCCUUCUCCGACUGCCUUCGCUACGAGAUGUACCCGCUGGGCGUCAAGGUGAGCGUGGUGGAGCCCGGCAACUUCAUCGCAGCUACCAGGCUGUACAGCCGCGAGCGGAUCCAGGCCAUCGCUGAGAAGAUGUGGAACAACCUGCCCGAGGUGGUGCGCAGGGACUACGGCAGGAAGUACUUCGAUGAGAAGGUCAGCAGCAUGGAGAAGUACUGCAACAGCGGCUCCACCGACACCGCCCCUGUCAUCGAGGCCGUCAACCACGCUCUGACCUCCAAGACCCCGUACACCCGCUACCACCCCAUGGACUACUACUGGUGGCUGAGGAUGCAGAUCAUGACCCACACCCCCGGGGCCUUCUCAGACAUGAUCUACACCCACUGAGCUGGCAGAGGGGGCGGGAGCUGGCCACGAGCCCAGACUGUCAACUCUCAAGUAUAGCCUUUGGUAGGUCACCUGCCUCAGACUUGUCUUUGUCUUGGGGGCCCAGCCCAGAUUAGACCCCUGGUCCCGGGCAGUGGUGAGUGCUCAGUGGUGCAAACCAAUGAAAAGGCUGAUCCUGUGAGAGCCAGCAAACAAACAGAAACCCCAGAAAAAGUCCUACUCAGCUUUCUAAACCAAAGAGAACCCUCUCUUACAUCAUCAGCUGCUGGAGGACUCCCUCCCUCCCUCACUCCCUCAAUCACUCCCUUACUCCCUCCCUCAAUCACUCCCUCACUCCCUCAUUCAUUCACUCCCUCCCUCCCUCACUCCCUCCCUUACUCCCUCCCUCCCUUCCUCACUCCUUCACUCCCUCACUCCCUCUAUCAAGUGCCUACCAUGUCGCUGCGCUUUGCCCAGUCCAGAGUGAAAGAAUUCCUUUAGUUCUUGCACCCCUUCAUGCAUGUGGGUAAUUGAGAGCUGACUGUCCCAGGUGAGCCCCGGUAGAUUUCAGGGUAUGUCAUUUCAGUUUAGAUUUUCUCUCUUUCCCCUCCCCCCUCUCUUUCCUCUCUCUUCCCCCUCUCUUCCUCCCUCCUUCUCUGUCUGUCUCUCUGUCUCUGUCUCUCUGUGUCUCUGUCUCUGUCUCCAUCUCUCCCUGCACUAUAUGUAGCUGCUUCCUGCAUGACUGGUUUAGUAGGCUGCCUUUAUAUGGGGGCACUCAGCUGUGGAGAGUCUAGGGCCCCGAUCUCUGCCGCCCCUCUGUCCUUCGCUCUUCCUCUGUUCCUCCUGAGGCUGAGAGACCGGGUGUGGGGAGGGCUGGGGUCAGGAGUGCCCGGCUCCCUCUUGGCUAGGCCUGGGCUAGAGACAGAGUGAUUUGGUUGUGUUACCGCCCAGAACAAUGGCUUCCCUCAGCCCACGUGGAAGGGCUACAAAUUCGGGCUUUCUGUGCUCACCCACACCCUCGUGUCUGCAGAGAUGGGGAGAUCACUACCUAUCAAGGCAACCCGUUAUUAGACAUUUCUGGAAAGUUCUCUCUUUCUUCACUGGUGCCCGAGCUGAGCCCCUGCUCCUCCCCCACACGGGUGCUGGGCCUGCCUUUUAAAACCCUCCUCAGUCCCUUUAAUCCUCCCUCUGGCCUGGCUACCCAACUCUCCAGCCUGCCUGGGGCCUGAAGGCUCCGUCUCAGGCUGGGACGCUGGGACCUGGGGGCUGUGGCAGGUUGCAGAGGGUUUGCAGGGCUGGCCCUGCCUGGAGUCCUCAUCUUAUGGGAAACCACAAGAGGGAGCCCCAUGUGCCAACUGGGGUAGUGGAUUCCACUCGUCCACUUCUUCUCAAGGCCUGAUGGUAGCAGUUGGCGGGGGGAGGGGGGGCACACCAGGACAGUCAGGCUCUGUCCCCUGGGGGAUCCACCCUGCUGCUGGGAGGGCUCCCACUCAGGAAAGAGCAGCUGGACUGGGUACCACUGAGUUGGGCAUGAAGAGUUGGGCCUCCAGGAGCACAUGCAGCCCCCUUAGCCCAGUGCCUGGAGCCAUGGGCGCCUGCCCCUAGAGUGGGGCUGGCCCUGAGUGCCAGGAAGUGUGUUGGGCUGGGGCCAGGCCGGCAGACGGUCAGGCCCAGGCCACCUUGGGUGACUCUGACCCUGCUGCCACUGAGGAGGAGGGACGGGAGGAGCCCCACGACUCAGGACUCGCCCAUGUGGAGCCUGGCCACUGGGCCUCAAAGCCCCUUCUGUGUCCUCCGAGAAUCCUGACUCUGGCAGCCUUGAAAGCUGAUUGAGGAAGAGGCAGUUAAAGGCAUGAUUGAAUUAAGGGGGAUGGAGCCGAAUUAGGGGGUGGGGGUGGGCAGGCAUGGGUUGGGCCAAGCCAACAGGUGAAGAGGAGGAGUCGAGGGGAGGAGCAGAAGAGGGGAGGGGCUGGCUCCGGGGUCUCACAGGCCUUUGCUGCUGAUCGGAAUCUUGGAGAGCCUGUGUGGCUGAAAACCGCCUCCUUCCUGGUGCCUCACCCUUGCUAAAGGCCCCCUCCCUCCUGAAGCCAGAGCUGCCUGGGAGGGGCAGGGAAGGACCCGGCUCUCAGUCCCUGCUGGGCUGUCCUGAAGCCGUCCACACUUCAGAGCCUCUGUUCUGGCCCUGGAGGUUUGGCUGCUGAGACCCAGGCUCAGUGAGCCACCAUGCCAGCUUGCCAAGGAGGGAGAGAGGGGAGGGGCGGCGGAGUUGGCAGAGCCAUUCCCCUUGUGCAAUGUGGUUGCCUUCCCUGCAGAAGCCAGGCUUGGUGCCCAGGCUAAGCAGGCUCCAUCUGGUGCUGUCCCCUGCGGCCCCUUCUAGGGAAGAAUGCCAGAAUGCCAGCCAUGGGGCACACACACACACACACCUGCCCACACCCACUGCUGACCACCCAGCUGUUGGCUCCCUCUUUGCUGGGCCUCUCCCAGGGACCGGCCCUGUCCCCGGGGACCCUGCCCCCCGCCCGGGCGGAAUCCUCCAACAGUCCGAGGUGCCAUCCUGGCUGAUGGAGGGAAGUGUCAGAGCCCAGUCUGUGCCCUAGUGCUUUUCUUUGCACAAAACUCUGGAGGGGAAAAGGCCUUCUCUUAUGCAGCUUGGCCCAAGAUGUAGAGCUCCAGCCUGGGGUCCGGGCAGCCUGCCUGGGCUUGGUCCAGCCUUAGACACCUGUGAGCACAGCAUCGACCUGGUGUGUGUGUGGGGGGAUCAGAAGUGACAGUGUCUCAUUAGAAUGUGCAGGGGACAAGCAUUUAUUAAGCUCUUACUGUAUGCCAGGUGAGGCUGGGCCCCAGGGCCUAGGGGAUUGGGGUGCUGAAUCAAGCCAGAGAAUGGCAGGGCUUCAGGGACAGUGGGUGCAAGGGAAAGACGACAUGCCCAGUGGUCUCCAAGAUGCUCUUGCUGGCAUAGCAACAGCCCAGGCCAGCCUCCUCCUCCUCCUCCUGUCAGCCAGGUCCAGGGCUCAGAGUCAGCCCUGAUUCUUCUUCCUCCCUCAGCUGCCAAACUCAGAGAGCCAACCCACCCCAGAAGCUGUGCCCACUUUACCUCCACAGCAGCACAGGCAUCCGUACCCUUCUCUCCUCUCACCAUCAUCUCCCUAUGGGGGGCCACCAUUGCCCCUUGCCAGGCCUGUUGCUACAGCCUCCUGACUGGCUAGUUGUCCAGCCUGCCACCUCCAAAACCCAUCCUCUAGGGGUCUAUUGAGAGGUGGCCUUGGCUGCUGAAACCCAAACGUUCCUCUGGCCUUGGGUCUUUGCUGAUCUCACUGCUGGAGGAUCUUUUUUUUCAUAAUAAGCAUUUUUAUUUCAAGUUUUGAGUCCCAAAUUCUAUCUCUCCUUCCCCUCUCCCCUCCCCGAGGUGGUCAGCAAGCAGAUAUAGGUUAUC